AGGUCUGUGGCAAAGAAAUCACAGGUGGGUUAGGCCAGGACACCCCCACGAGUGGAUGCUCAUGACAGCCAACAUGUAUGGGGCGCCAGCAUGGCAGGCUGUUUCCUAGCACGAUGGACCCUGUGAGCUGUGAACCAUGCUUAUCUCUGCUUCGCCAGUGAUGAAACAGAGAUAAAAGUUCACAUAUCUGUGAACCUACCAAAAACCAUCAGAUUAUGCACUUCAAAUGGGUGAGUUGUAGGGCAUGUGAAUUCCAUCUCAAACUGUUAGUAAGUAUGAGUCAUGGCUGGGCGUGGGGGAAUCACACCUGUAAUCCCAGCACUUUGGGGGACUGAGGCAGGAGGAUCAAGACCAGCCUGGGCAAUAUAGUGAGAUCCCAUCUCUACAAAAAAAUUUUUUUUAAUUCGCCGGAAGAAGCUCCAUGAGGCGUUCCUGUGUGGCCUCCCUCCACACCCUGCUCCUGGGGGAUUUUGCACGCCUGCCUCUGAGCUGCAGGUAACAUUCCGCACAUUGCUGCUAUUUUCGAGUCAGCAGCCAAAGACACUGUGCAGGGUAAGCUGUGCCAGAUGAAGGAAGGAACGCAGGGGGACCCCCAAGGAAACGCAGGAAGUGGCUGGGAGAGAGACCACACAGGCCCAGCUCCCAUCUCCUGGCCUCCCUUGGGUCCCUGUGCUGCCCUUGGGCACUGUGGGAGGCUGGAACUACUGUGGAGCUGGCAAUGCCUUUCCCUCGUCCCCAUCCGGGCUUGCAGGGGUAGCGGUUAAGCUCCUGGGAGUUCAAAGUCAGUGGGAACAUAACUGAUGGGCUGGCCUGGCCUCUGAGGCUGGAUGGCAGGGAGGAAAAUAGGGAGUGGGGAGGGCCUUCCAGGCUGGGAGAGGGCUCCAAGCCAGAUCCCUGGCCCGGGCUGAGUGGCUGUGAGCAGAGCCUGAGGCUGAGGCCUGGACCCCCCUCAGCCAGGCCACUGUAGCUGGCCCCAGCCUGGGUAAAUGCGGAGCGUGGCUGAAUGAAGCAGGUUUCUGGAGCUGUGUCCCUUGGUAUUGUUGAGGGGUCUCCUGCCUCAGCCUGGCCUGGAGGUGUUGGGGUCAGUCCACUCAGUUGGCAUUCAGUCCAUGUUCAUCUUCCCCCACAUACCCGUCCUGGCCGGCCUUGCCCGGGGGUGUCAUGGAUUCCCUGUGAAGGCCUUUGAAAGGCCUUGGUCAAAGAUCUCAAGCAGAGGCCUUCCUCCCUGGCCCGCCUGUGCGUGAUGGGACCCCAGUGAGCGGCCGGAGAGCGGGACUGCACUCCAGGCCAGGAGAAGGCAGCCCUUCCUCGCACUGCCAUGUGCAUGCAGUGCCACCGCUGCAGUGACACUUGGGUCCUUGAUGUCCUCCAGAGAGUAUGAGCACCUGGGGCAGAGCAGGUCUGCAGAAGAGCCUACCCUAGAGAAGCAUCCCUGUCUGCACACAGGCGCACGUGAGGGUGUGAAUGGCACAGGCGCAAGUCAGGCUGUGGACAGUGCCCAAGGGCAGCACAGGGACCCAAGGGAGGCUUCUGUUAGAAAAAGCGGAGGUGACCCAGACAUGCAGCAGGAACAGCCAGCAAUCCUGGCUGCUGGAUACAUCGUGAGCAUCAAUGCUGCAUGGGCACGGCCCAGGCAUAGAGCGGGAAGAUGUGGCAGGACCCACUGUGGGCCAAGGAUGGAAAAGACACGCAGGGCCCAGGGCAGGGGGGCGGGGGGCGGUGACACACAGCACCAGAGAGUGUGGGGACCUGCAGAUGGGGGAGCACUGUGAAGAGAGGGUGACCUGCUUUAGAAAAGAAGACAGGAGAUUGUAUAUUAUUGUUAUUAUUUAUGCAAUUCAAUAGUAACAAAAGGUAGAGUGUGAGGAGGCUUUGUCACUUCUUGGAAAGACCCUGUGCUAUAAAACGUGCCAUGACAUAGGGACAGCAAUGGUGGACACUGUAUAGAGGGGUCUAUGUACAGUAAGCACCCCCAGUGGAGGCUGCUGUGUGUCUGGGGGGGUCCCAGGCUGACUCUGGGAGGAUUCUGGCAUCUUGGUGUGGGGGGAUUCUGUGCCUCAGGGUUCUGAUGUCGGCCCAAGCCUCAGGCUGGCUGGGGUGGGGGAUGAGACCACAUUCUGUGGGGGCAUUGUGUCCUGGGUGCCCUGGAGAGAGUGGGUCCCUAAGUAAACCCCAUGUACCCUCACUGCCCCUCCCCUCAGUCUCAGAGAGACAUUGCUUCAUGGCACCUCCUGGUGCUGGGCUCACCUUGGGGGUUUAGCUCGAGUACAACCAGGGGCCACCCCCUUACUGAGAAAACGUGGGGGCCACCAUCUGGAAGGUGCCCUGGCUAGCAUUCAGGAUGAGCCUCUGCCCUGCUGAUCCCAGGGACGGACAGCCCAUUGCUCGCUGGGCUUUGGCAAUCAGGAAGCAGAAUUCUGCCCAUUCCAGCAAGAGCCUCUUCCUCCAGUGUUUGAUUAAGAUAGCCUCUUCCUGGCUCCCCGACCCGACACCUGCGAUCUAGCCAGCUUUCCUGUGUGUCUCUCAGCCUCCUGGGAGUGGAAACCCAAGGGCGGAUGAGUCCCGGACACAGCGUCAGCAAUGCUGGGUGGGGGCCUCUGGAGGCUGACCUGCCCCCAUAGCCACCUUGUGUGGGGGUCCUCCUUGACUCCAUCAUCUGUGAGGCACGGUGCAGAAAGCAGGAGUUGCGGAAUUACAGAAGGCGCUGCAGAGACCAGCUCACUCACAGCCUCGGGGACACGUGGGGCGCAGCCACCAGGACGGAGCAGGAGCGAGCGCUGGUAUUGAAUCCAACCCAGGAGCUCUGCCUUGAGAAACGAGAGAACCACGAGGGAAAGGAACCCACAGCAAGCAAAGGGAAGGGCGGGGCAGAGUCCAGGCACUUGAAAACCAAAGGAAAAUAGAGAAAACUGAUGAAACCCAAGCCGGUUCUUUGAGAUGAAUCCAAUUGAUAAACGUUGGUUAAGACUGACCGAGAAGAAAAGGGCAGGGGACAAACAAGUCACCAGCAGAGAACAGAAGGGGCUGUUGCUGAACAAUUGUCAGAAAUUAAAAGGCUGACAAGGGAAUUCCAUAAACGGCGCCACGUGUAUGUAUUCCAAACCUCAGCUAAUGUGGACCGAUUCCUUGAGAGGCACAGGUGCCAGAUCUCACUGAAGAAGGAAAGAUCACUGGCAGGUCCAGUACCUAACAAGGACAGCUUCCAACACAGAAAGACUACCGUUUCCCGUAAACUCCACCAAUCCCUUAAAGAAGACAGUGUCGACCCUGAGCCACCUCUUUCAGAAGACAGAAGAGGAGAAAGCUCACCAACUCUUCUGAAGGCAAAGUUACCACACCAGAAAGGCAUUACAACCAGAGAAAACCACAGACCAAUCACCUGCAUAAAUGUAGACGCAAAAUUCCUCAGUGGAAUAUUACCAAUAAAAUCCAGCAACAUAGAGAAAGGGCGAUACAUUGUAGAGGUGGGGUCUGGCUAUGCUGCCCAGGCUGAUCUCGAACUCCUGGCCUCAAAUGAUCCUCCUGCCUUGGCCUCCUGAAGUGCUGGAAUUACAGGUGUGAGCCAACAUAUUCAGCCUAGAAGGGAACUUUUCAAACCAGACAAUACUAGUCUGGAGAAACUAGCACCAACACAGUUCUUAGUGGGAAAGGCCCUCCCUCUGAGACCAGGUGGGCGUUAGUGCACAUUGCGGCCCCCUUGCUGUCCCCCGGGGGCUGGGGAAGCAACACCCCACCAGCGUGAGCACAGCAAACACCUUCAUCCACCAAGAGGGAGCAGGGCGUCCAGGAGAAGCGUCUGAUUCCAGGGAUGAAAGUGGGCAACUAUGAGACGCACUUGGACCCCAAGGUAAGAAAGGUCAGGGAGGGACAGCGGAUUGAAAGGGCAGCAGGGCUGAAAUGAAAGAGCUCGAUGCCAACACUGGAAUCACUGCAACCACGAAAUACACAGCGACCAUACUGGAUUAUAUCUCAAGUCGUAAAUAUGCAGUCCACCCGAGAUAAAUACACAAGGAAGCAAACAGGCACACAGAAGAGCAGGACAGCUCCUCCUCCCGGGAGAAUCUCAAUCAGUGAGUGUGGAAGGAACAGGGGCAGGGAGGAGAAUCCUCAACAGAGCCCCACAGGGACUGCACAGGCCAGGCCCCCGGGGGCCAUACCACUGGGCAAACACAGAACAGCCGCCAGGUCUCAGACAUGACCAACUACAGAGGGACACAGCGGCCCGCCGGGGAUGGGAUGCGGCCGUCACCUCCGUGUCCCGUGCGCUGCUCCUGUGGGAUUCCUCCCCCGACACAAUGCUGGCCCUGGCGACAAGGAAACCUCAGGCAAGCGACUGCAAAGCACCCCGCCAGUCAAGGUCGUCGAGGCCAAGGAGUGACUGGGAGACUGUCACAAAACCGAGCAUCCCAAGGAGACCUUUCGGCCAAUGCCAUGCUGGGUCCUGAAUGGAGCCCACGGGAAGCUGGUGCACCGGCCUGAAGCCCACGCUGGGUGAGAAGAAAUGGACUAGGGCCGAGUUCUCAGAGCUGAGAACCAACCUGCGGUGGCAUCAGGAAGCUGGUGAAGGGCGAUGUGGACUCUGCUUUUCAGCCACUAUUGCCUGAAACCAUCCCACAAGCCAAGGCUGCUGAAUGCCCAGUGCGGGGCACCUGUCGUCCUGUGCUGCACUCUGCGCCCCAUGCUCCACCUGCCCCAGGCCCCAGUUGUCGAGGAAGAUGCCUGCUGCGCCCACCUCCUCAUCCGGGUUCUGUACCAUGUCGGCCUUCCCGUCCCGGGCUCUGCCACCGUGUCUGUUUGCUGUGGGUUGAAUUGUGCUCCUCAAACGGUGCCAAAGUACAUGUGACUGUGACCCUCUAAGGAAAUGGGGUCUUUGUGGGUGCUCACGUGAAGAGGAGGCUGUUAGGAUGGACCCUACUAUAAUAUGUUUGGUGUCCUUAUAAAAAGGGGAGAUUUGGACACACACACACACACACACACAGCUACACACAGCUACACACACACGCAACUACACACACCCCUACACACCUAGCUAUACACACACACACGCAACUACACACACACCCCUACAUACCUACACACACAGCUUCACACACAGACAGCUACACACACACACGCAACUACACACACACCCCUACACACCUACACACACAGCUUCACACACACACAGCUACACACACAUGCAACUACACACACACCCCUACACACCUACACACACAGCUUCACACACACACAGCUACACACACACACGCAACUACACACACACCUAGCUACACACAACUACACACCUACACACCUAGCUACACACACACAACUACACACACACCCCUACACACCUACACACACAGCUACACACACACACAGCUACACACACAUGCAACUACACACACCCCUACACACCUACACACACAGCUACACACACACACAGCUACACACACCCCUACACACCUACAAACACAGCUUCACACACAACUACACACACACACACACACACACACACACUGAGAAGCUGUGUGAAGAUAAAGGCAGAGCUCAGGUGAGGCCUCUGAAAGCCAAGCACCCCGAAGAUAGCAGCAGCCCACAGCAGUGAGGGGAGCAGUGCGUGACAGCGGCCCUCGCAGCCUCGGAAGGAACCCACCUUGCCCACACCCUGAUCUCUGAGACAUGGAGUUUCUAUCGUGUAACCAGCCAGAGUGUGGUACUGCUUGUCAAGGAAGCCCAAGGGAAGAAACACAUUACUGCAUAAAAAUCACAACUCACAUUAUCUUUAUUUAGAAUCCAAAUGAACCUCUCCCUAACCUUCGAAUCAUAGAGGCACGUGAUCUUGAUCAGCAGCCUAGAAACCCAGGGCCCCGCAGAGCCAGCGCAGUCACCGCUCCCCAGAGCCCAGCACAGCCAGACUGCGCCGCUCUCCACGUGAGCCUGGGGAGCAAGCGACACAGCCUGAACUGCACCCCAGCUCCUCCUCCUGAGUCUGUAACACACACAUGUGCCCCAGGCCAGUCCCAAGAGUUUUGUAAACUGAGCAACAAUUCUUGGGAAACAAAAACACAACUACUGUUUAUCCUCCCGGAGCCGGCUGUGCACCCCAACAAGGAAGAGAGGGCUUGCUGAGCCUCCUGUCCAGACAACACACGCCAGGGACGAGUAUAAAAGCCCCACACACCCGAGCACCUCACUCACUCCCUCACCCACUCACUCCCAUCGCCCCCAGCGCCACUCCCAGCACAGCCACAUUCACGAUGUCCGUCUGCUCCAGCAACCUGAGCUACGGCAGCCGCGUCUGCCUGCCCGGCUCCUGUGACUCUUGCUCCGACUCCUGGCAGGUGGAAGACUGCCCAGAGAGCUGCUGCCAGCCCCCCUGCUGUGCCCCGAGCUGCUGUGCCCCGGCCUCCUGCCUGACCCUGGUCUGCACCCCAGUGAGCUGUGUGUCCAGCCCCUGCUGCCAGGUGGCCUGUGAGCCCAGCCCCUGCCAAUCGGGCUGCACCAGCUCCUGCACACCCUCGUGCUGCCAGCAGUCUAGCUGCCAGCCUGCUUGCUGCACCUCCUCCCCCUGCCAGCAGGCCUGCUGUGUGCGCGUCUGCUGCAAGCCCGUCUGCUGCAAGCCUGUGUGCUGUGUGCCCGUCUGCUGCAAGCCCCUCUGCUGCGUGCCAGUGUGCUCUGGAGCUUCUUCCUCAUGCUGCCAGCAGUCCAGCUGUGUGCCUGUCUGCUCUGGGACUUCCUCACUGUGCUGCCAGCAGUCUAGCUGCCAGCCGGCUUGCUGCACCACCUCCUGCUGCAGACCCUCCUCCUCUGUGUCCCUGCUUUGCCGCCCCGUGUGCAGGCCUGCCUGCUGCGUGCCCGUCCCCUCCUGCUGUGCCCCUGCCUCCUCCUGCCAGCCCAGCUGCUGCCGUCCGGCCUCCUGCGUGUCCCUCCUCUGCCGCCCCACAUGCUCCCGCCCAGCCUGCUGAGGCCUCUGCUUAGGCCAGAAGCCCAGCUGCUGACGGGCAUGUCCCUCAGGGCCAGCCAGGCUCAGGUCCCCCCUAAAAGCUGAUAGUCACAUCCUGAAUUGCUCCUGUACUUUGACCAUUUCCUGGUGUCUGCUACUGAGCUGGACAAUGGAAGAACUGAAUGUCUAAACUCAAUGCUGCAGCCCUCUUGAUGGGGGGUGGUUCUAGAAAGUUCUCAUGACAGUGGCCUCCCCUCCUUAUGUCCCACCUCUCAUGAGGGUCAGCUCAGCCUUGAUCCAUGAGGUCUCUGUCCCCCUGACUCAGAGCCCCAGAACGUUCUUUGGGUGCCCUCAAACUGACCAAUAAAAGCCCUGAGACUGCACUGGC